AUGCUUCGCGGCAUCGCCGCUGGCAUGAAGUACCUGUCCGAGAUGAACUACGUGCACCGGGACCUGGCGGCCCGCAACAUCUUGGUCAACAGCAACCUGGUGUGCAAAGUGUCGGACUUCGGGCUCUCACGCUUCUUGGAGGAUGACCCCGCGGACCCCACCUACACCAGCUCGCUGGUAUGUGACACCCUCGUCGCCAUGCCCUGUCCUUCCCCUCUCAGAGGCCUGGCAGAGAAGCCCUGUAUAAGUACUGGUCUCUCCGCACAGAGAUAUCUAGGGCCACUUGCUACAAGGAAACCCUGCGGGGAAAGAAGAGUUACCCUGAUGAGGCCAGAACUAGAAUUAAGAAGAGCACGAAAAAAUAUGCUGAGGGAAGAACUAGUGGAAGGUCCACAUCUUUGGGAAGAGACCAUAGCCUAGUGGUUAGAGCCACUGCUUGGCUUCCAGGUUCAAUCCCAAUGGUGUCUCCAGGUAGAGACCCUUUGUCUGAAAACUUGGGAGAGCCUGAUCCAUUACAGUUUAAAAAUAAAUAAAUUGGAAUGCAACUCUCAUUAGCCCAGCAUAAUCAGGCUGACCCCAUCUCCCUCCUGGAGGGGUUGGCGCUAAUUAACGGUGUCAAGUGUCUCUUCCCACAGGGCGGCAAGAUCCCGAUCCGGUGGACGGCCCCGGAAGCCAUCGCCUACCGCAAGUUCACGUCUGCCAGCGACGUGUGGAGCUACGGGAUCGUCAUGUGGGAGGUGAUGUCCUACGGCGAAAGACCUUACUGGGAUAUGUCCAACCAGGAUGUAAGUACGGCCUCCUCCUGUGUAGGAGAACAAAAGGUGCAGGAGCAAAAGCGCCCUUCCGUGACCCCUUGCCUGUUUCUCACGGGUCUCCUUAGGUGAUCAAUGCUGUGGAGCAAGACUACCGCCUUCCACCGCCCAUGGACUGCCCCACGGCGCUGCACCAGCUCAUGCUGGACUGCUGGGUGCGCGACCGCAACCUCCGGCCCAAGUUCUCGCAGAUCGUGAACACGCUCGACAAGCUGAUCCGCAACGCGGCCAGCCUGAAGGUCAUCGCCAGCGUGCAAUCUGGGUCAGUGCCGUUCGCCCCCUCACCCUCUCCAAGCACAGGCAACCUGCUGUGUCUGGACUAACUGUGCCAAGUUUCUAGCUCUCAUGGAGGAAAGAUAAAUAAGCAAACCUCGGAUAUAUCUAUCUAUGGCCUUGGGGGCUGGAGUCGGGCAGCAACCGGGGCUGGAGCGACGAGCAAAGAGGGUGGACAGGGAAGCGCACAGCCGCCUUUAGCCUCCUCGCGCGCCACAGGACUGCCAGGACUGCCCCCCUGCGGCUCAGCCCCACACGCAGCCCGCUCUCCCCCUCCUGAGCCUUGCCUGACCUCUGGGCUCUCUCAUCCUUCGCAGCGUUUCCCAGCCCCUCCUGGACCGCACCGUUCCGGAUUACACCACCUUCACCACUGUGGGCGACUGGCUCGACGCCAUCAAAAUGGGGCGGUACAAGGAGAACUUCGUCAACGCCGGAUUCGCCUCCUUCGACCUGGUCGCCCAAAUGACAGCCGAGUAAGUAUGAAGGGGUGGGGCGGUGGGGCAAAGCACGCAGUGGCCCCAGGAGACCGGGCCGUUUCCAGAUAAGCCAGACAACGUUGCAGGGGAAGGCCGAGACUGGCAUGUUAUGUCACCUGGGUACGAUCUCAGGGGCCAGGUGAUGACUGGAGCAUCCUCACCAGGGAUGCUACAAGCCACAGGGGAACAGAGAUGGGCUUAUAGUUCCCUGGUCCACUUGUGGUGGGCAACCUAACGCCUGCUUUUGGCUAGGAUGCAUUCAGAGUGUGCUGGACAUGGCAUACAGUUGAGACUUUUUGAUGCUUUUAAGCAAGAGUGUGCCUACCCAGGGCCUCCCAGCUCCUUGAUUCUGUGACCUCUCAAUCAUGCCCAUUUUAAUAUGUCUGUUUAUUAUGCAUUGCUCUUCCAAUCCUAUGGAAUGGUGGAGACAGUGUGGGGCACCGAAGCCCACUCCCUUGCGCUCUGAAAAUCUGGCUUCCACCAUCCCCUUUUGAUAUUAGACUCCUGGAAUUGUCCAAUUUUUUUGUACCCUGUGUUUGCAGCUUUUAAGCGUCAGUAACUGCCUGGCCAUAGGGACGCGGGUGGCGCUGUGGGUUAAACCACAGAGCCUAGGACUUGCCGAUCAGAAGAGCCGCAUGUGGCUCUUUUACACCUUUGCCGCGGCUCCGGGGCGGAUACUAGUGAGGGGAGGAGGCGCAUUGUGCACCCCGACACUCCCCACUGUGGCGGGCACUGUACUGGCUGUGACAUCGCAUGGGGGCGGUGCGUGCGUUAGUCACGCACCACACGUCCCAGACGUCACGCUGUCCCGCCCAGCUAUCAGAUCGAGAUGAGCACGCCAGAGUCGGCGCACUGGACCAAUGGUUUAGCGGUCCUCUCCUAGCUGUUUUGCUACUGUCAGACACUGGGUCCAAGUGGCUCUUUUUGUCUUAAAGGUUGCAGACCCCUGCCCUAAAAGAAUUCCAGGAGUUUUUAAAGGGUUCUGAGAACAGUUAGAAAAACCCUGUUCACUUCCCAGAACCACAGUUCCCAUAGUGGUUUAUCAGGCAAUCCUUCUGCGCAGGGAACUCUGGGAAUUGUAGCCCUGUGAGAGGAACAGAGGCCUCCUAGCAACCCUCAAUGACCUUAACAAACUACACUUCCCAGGAUUCUUUCGGGGAAGCCACAACUGCUUUAAAUGUGAGUGUUGCCCCAGGUGGAGCCUUUGCCUAACCCUACAUUUCCCUUCAACAUUUUUGGGUUUUGAUCAUCCACACCUGAUCUCCAUCAUGCUGUCUUCUGUGUCCAGAGAACUUCUCUUCAUUCCUUGCAUUUGGACUGUGGAAUGAAAUUCUCACCACCCUACUGGGCAGGGGUGGGCGGGUGGGGAGAUGACAGUCUUUUGUAGGCGAUUCAUCGUCCGGGGUCACAACUCGCCAUCUCCUGGUGCCAGCCACUAGUCGAAAGAUCCUUGCUGCUGCCAAAUGUGGCGAGUCGGCACUUGAGUAUUUGCUGAGACCUUCAUGGGACAUGCAUUCCAUCAAGUCAAUCCUCUUGUACUGACUUCAGCACUGCCCAAAAAAAGCAAAGAAAGACUUUGAAUUGCCCCUUUGUUAGGCCAGGGACUCAGAAUCCCCCCCCCCCAUGCCUUCGCUUGAGAACAGUGGUGCUCUGGAUUUAAAUGUCUUAUUGCAGGGGUGGGGGUGGGUUCUGCAGAGGGCCAUGUAUAUUGAGUCACUCUCUCCGGAAUGUGCCAAGCCAGCCCCGCUGCAUCGAGGGCCCUCCUUUCUGUUCUGCUAGGUGGAGGCCUCCGGACGCCUGCCCCAGAGGCCUUCUCUGAUGGCACCGUGCUCAAGAAUGGUCCUGUCCGGGGCAGGGAGGUGUCCUCCAUGUGUGGACUGUUCACAGAGCCUCCCCGCCCAGCAGUAAAAUUAAUUAAAAGAUCCCCAGCUGCUUAAACACGGACUCUGUAUUCUUAAGGUCCAGGGACACGAACCACAGUCCUACCCAAGUGUCAAGUGGAGAGAAGGAAGGUCAUCUGAAGGAGGCAGGCAGGACUGUGGCUGAAAAAGUCAAUUCAUUAAAUGGAAGUCAGUUCACACCACUAAAAAUAGAGUCGUGUCCAUCCAGCACAGUGCUAAGUUAGUGGUUCCAUCAGGACAAAGAUUUACGAUUGCACAGUGGAACUUCUGCCUUUAAAAUUGUAUUGCGUUUGAGAACUCUGAUCGCCUUGUGUGUUAGUGAUUCUGACCACCGUGUUUUAAUAUAGGUCAUUAUUAUUACCCCUCAUGUUGCAGCUUUUUUGAGGGCACCUAGUGAGUUCAUGGCCAGGGAGAGAUCUGAACGCAACUCAUGCCUCUGAGCAAAAACACACUGCUCUCCACCAGCCCUCCCAUGGAUGCAUCUGGUGGCAGGGAGUUCCAUGGGUCAGCUGCACUUACUCCCUUUCCUGCGCUUACUGACACCCCCCAAAAGCUGAGUUCCCCUUUCUGUGCGUUGCUAACGCCUUUGCUUCCUGUGUCUUUCCAGGGACUUGCUCAGGAUAGGAGUGACGCUAGCAGGACACCAGAAGAAGAUUCUGAGCAGCAUACAGGACAUGAGGUUACAAAUGAACCAGACGUUGCCAGUUCAGGUUUGA